CUAAACUUUUCUGCCUGGCUUGUGGGCUGUUUUUGGCGAGUCUGCGGUGAGCCGAGGAAAGGCUCUGUGUGAGGUUUGGAUUACUGAUGUCAGAUACGAUAUCCUGACUGGAACAUGAUGCCUGGGUUCAGGAUGUGGUUGUGCCUUUUUGUACUGGCGUGCAUGAGGAUUCAGCACUCACAUGGAUGGUUCUGGUCUGGUUCUGAUGGGAAGGGCACACGGACACCAGUCAACCUGACUACUUUAAACCCCACAUCACCAUCAAGGACAGAAGCACCACCCAGUACGGCAGGUACAAGUGCUUCUGUGACCGAGGUCCCUAAAGUGGCCGAGAAAUUAGGUAUGUAUGUGAGAUAUGGAGAUGGGUUUGAGGGGUCUGCUAGGGAGGGUGGCUCUGGAUUAUUUAAGUCUGAAUCUUUAAGUAGGUCUGAACUUGCUUCUGGAUCUGGAUCUUCUCAGUUUGAAAGCCAGGAGAGCUAUGUUACACCAACUGACUUGUCGGGCAUUUCAGUUGAGAGUACUAAUGUGCAAAUGGAGAGCAAAGUGGAUCGGAUGGAUGGACACAACAGCAGUUUUGUAGAAAGCCAAUUUAACCAAAGCAUUGUUUCUUUAAAAAAUUAUUUACUUGGGGAUAAUUCUUCUAAGCAUGAUAGUCAUAACACAACACAGUAUUCCCUUGAAUACUCUGUCUCAGAUAAUGUACUAACCAAUGAAAGUGACCGAUCUGUUAUAACCCCACGCUGCUUGGAAGUUCAUUCCAAAUUGCCAUUUUGCACCAGAACAGGAGCGAAGAGUUUCGCAGUGCCUAAUUUUCUAAAUCAAAGCAGCGUGGAGGAAGUUAAGGUGGUUUUAAGCAAAUGGGCGUCGCUGUUACGGUCACGCUGCCACCAUAGCUUGGAAUGGUUUUUCUGCUUGCUGUUGAUGCCGCGAUGCGGCCCACCUGGACUGCCGGCCCCAAUGCCCUGUCGCAGUUUUUGCGAGGUCUUGCGCGACAGCUGUUGGACGCUGCUGGAUGAGGGCCGCCUCCCCGUGGAGUGCCAUUCUCUGCCCGAAGAGACGCAUGAUGGGUAUCAGUGCUUGUCAGUUAGUAACCAGAAAGAACAGAACGGUAUAUCACUGUUGCAGUUAAUCGGUGAUCCUCCACCAGAUGGCAUCACUGAACACUAUGGCCCCGAUAACAGCCUUGGCUACAUGUUCGGGCCGAGCUCCAACGUGGGCCAAUCAGCUGCGGCCCACCUCCCCAACCCAUUCUACCGCGACUUCUCGCUGAUUUUCAACAUAAAACCUACAUCCACAAAGCCUGGCGUCAUCUUCUCCAUCACCGACCCCUCCCAGGACUUCAUGUAUGUUGGUGUAAAGUUGUCAGAGGUUCAGAACGACCAGCAGGACAUCAUCUUUUACUACACCGAGCCGGAUUCGGAAAAGUCUUACGAGGCGGCCAGGUUCUCCGUGCCAUCCAUGCUGAACACCUGGACGAGGUUUUCCAUCAGUAUUCUCAAUGAAAAGGCAUCGCUGUACUUCAAGUGUGACUCGGACCCACAAGUGGUCAACUUCGAGCGGUCCCCAGACGACAUGGACCUGGAUGCUGGGGCCGGAGUGUUUGUUGGUCAUGCCAGUAGAGCAGAUCCUGAUAAGUUUCUGGGUGUAAUCGGGGAUCUCAGGGUGUUGAAAGACCCCGGGGCAGCUCAGCGUCACUGCGAGGAAGAUGAGGAUGACUAUGAUAUGACAUCAGGUGAUGGACCAAGUGGCUAUGGGGAGAGCGAAACAACAUCAGUCCAGGUUACACCUCCAUCCUCUCGACCAAUCCAGCAGCCACCGGUGACCUCUGUAAUACAGCAGACAGGUUCUGUUGGUGCAAAAGGAGAUAAAGGUGACAGAGGAGAGAAGGGGGACAAAGGUGACCGGGGCCUUGUGGGACCAAAGGGUGAUUCGGGAUCUGCCUCUGUGUCUGGUGGAGGAUCAAAGGGAGAGAAGGGCGAAAUAGGAGAAAAAGGCAUGAAGGGCGGUCCUGGUUUUGGUUAUCCUGGAUCAAAGGGAGACCGUGGCCCUCCUGGACCCCAAGGGCCUCCUGGUCCACCAGGGCCCAGUGCAGAGGUAGAGGUGAGAGGUGAUGGGUCAGUAGUGGAGAGGGUGACGGGACCAAGAGGACCACCUGGGCCACCAGGACCCCCGGGACCUACCGGAACUGAUGGGGAACCGGGUGACCCUGGUGAAGAUGGGAAGACGGGCCCUGUUGGACCUCCUGGUUUUCCAGGAACUCCGGGGAAUACAGGACCUAAAGGAGAGAAAGGUGACCGAGGUGAUGGUAAUCCAGGACCCCGUGGGCCUCCAGGGCCUCCUGGCCCUCCAGGACCCCCAACUCGCUCUGACAGACCCACAUUUGUGGACAUGGAGGGUUCUGGUUUUGAUGCUGAGAAUAUGCGGGGACCGCCAGGUUUGCAAGGUCCACCUGGUCCACCCGGCCUCCCCGGACCCCCUGGCCCCGAAUCUGCAGCGUCUGGUGGUUUCGGGCCUCCUGGUCCACCCGGUCAAAAUGGUGCUCCAGGUCAACCGGGACUUCCAGGUACUCCAGGUGCUGAUGGAAAAUCAGGUUUACCUGGACCAAAAGGAGAAAAGGGUGACGCCGGUGAUCUGGGCUUACCUGGACCUCUGGGAGAGAAGGGUGCCCAAGGUGUUCCUGGUACCCCUGGUCUUCCAGGAGAGAGUGGACUUGCUGGGCUUCCAGGACCAAUGGGACCCGUUGGACCACCGGGACCACCUGGUCCUCCUGGCCCAAGUUAUCGUGUUGGUUUUGAUGAUAUGGAAGGCUCUGCUUUUGAAUUCGGUUCAAUUUCUGGUGUAAGAGGACCUACAGGAGUGCGGGGACCUCCUGGUCUGCCAGGACAACCAGGUAAGCCUGGUUUUCCAGGACUUCCUGGUGAGAAAGGCAGCGAAGGGCCUCAGGGAAUUGAUGGACGGCCUGGGUUGGAUGGCUUUCCUGGACCACAGGGACCAAAGGGGUUCAAAGGAGACCAAGGCGAAAGAGGUGAACCUGGUCGAGAUGGGAAUGGUCUUCCUGGUCCACCUGGUCCUCCAGGACCACCUGGCCAGAUUGUUUAUCGGAAUAGUGAACAUUAUGAUGCAACUGGAGAAGCAGGGCCUCAGGGAGGGUCCGGUCGUCCAGGUCAAGCAGGUUUCCCUGGCCCAAUGGGACCGAAAGGUGACAGAGGUGAACCUGGAGCACCAGGUUACGGCAUUAAGGGAGAGAAAGGAGAACCUGGAUAUGUUCUCGGACCUGAUGGAAACCCACUUUACCCUGGUGGAUUGGGGGGCAUUGGCGAGAGAGGAAUUCCUGGACCGGUUGGACCUCCUGGACCAGUUGGACCUCCAGGUCCGAAGGGUGAAUUUGGAAUGCCAGGCAGACCCGGCCGUCCAGGUGUGAAUGGUUAUAAAGGUGAAAAAGGAGAUCCAGGUUCAGGUUCUGGAUAUGGCUAUCCGGGUCAACCUGGUCCUCCAGGACCUCCCGGUCCCCCUGGACCCGCUGCACCUUUGGAUAGAUUCAGAUAUGAAGAUUUUGUGAGACAGUAUACAGCUACGAAAGGAGAGAAAGGAGAACAGGGACAUCCUGGCGUACCUGGGACCCCAGGCUUUGCACCUGAUAUUGACAUCUAUACUCUUAAGAAUGAGAUGAAAGGAGAACGUGGCGAGCCUGGUCCAAGAGGAGAGAAAGGAGAACCAGGCGGUGGAUUUUAUGACCCUCGGUUUGGAGCUAUAGCAGGGCCGCCAGGAAACCCUGGACUUCCUGGACCUAAAGGAGACUCUAUCACAGGCCCACCUGGACCUCAGGGCCCACCUGGACCACCUGGGGUUGGUUACGAUGGGCGUCCAGGAAACCCAGGACCUCCAGGACCCCCUGGUCCUCCAGGGUCGCCAUCAUUGCCAGGGCCCUACAGACCAUCACUCAGUAUUCCCGGACCCCCAGGUCCGCCAGGCCCUCCUGGAAUCCCCGGACAUGGAACUGGGGUGACUGUGCUCAGGUCUUAUGACAUCAUGCUCGCGACAGCACGCAGACAAACAGAAGGAGCCCUCAUAUAUAUUAUGGACAGAAGUGACCUUUACCUCAGAGUUCAAAAUGGAGUCAGACAAGUGAUGCUUGGAGAUUAUAAACCCUUCUAUGUAGAUCUGGAUAAUGAGGUGGCAGCAGUCGAGCCACCCCCCGUUGUCCCUUAUUCCCAGGACCACACAGCCAACAACGGAGCAGAGCAGAUUUCUCCACCACACCAGCCUGUUGAUUUGCCGAGGGAGUCAGAGAACAGAAACCCGAGUCCACCUGAAACCUUCUACCCAGAACCGCAAUAUCCCCCUCUGCCCGACCCUAGAUACCCACCUAACACCGACAGCAGGUACGAUUCCGGCCAAUCACCUAUCAGGUACCCUGAAAGAUACCCCGUGACUCCUCCUCGUCGUCCCAGCCCGCCCGUCAACCAACCGGAAGGCCACACGCACACAUCUGGACCUGGGUUGCAUCUUAUUGCUCUAAACUCUCCACAAGUGGGCAACAUGAGAGGCAUUCGUGGGGCGGAUUUCAUGUGCUUCCAGCAGGCUCGGGCCGUGGGUCUGAAGGGAACAUUCAGAGCAUUCCUUUCCUCCAAACUCCAGGAUCUCUACAGCAUCGUCCGCAGAUCUGACCGAGAUACGCUACCAAUUGUUAAUCUUAAGGAUCAAGUGCUGUUCAGAAGCUGGGAGUCUCUCUUCAGUGAUUCAGAGAGCAGAAUGAAGGACGGUGCUUCCAUUUACUCAUUUGAUGGUAGAGAUGUCCUGAGGGACAGUGCCUGGCCAGAGAAGAUGAUCUGGCACGGGUCUAAUGGCAAGGGUCACCGGCAGACGGAUAACUACUGCGAGACAUGGAGGACUGGAGACCGAGCGGUGACAGGCUUGUCCUCAUCUCUGCAGACGGGUCAACUCCUUCAUCAGACACCCAGCAGCUGUUCCAGUUCCUACAUCGUCCUCUGCAUCGAGAACAGCUACAUGUCGCAGUUCAAGAAAUAAAGCCGUCCAAAUGUGUUUUUGCGCUCCACACAUCUGCUUAUACAGGUUCUGAUCCGCCCCAACAGACGCCUGUAUCUACAAAUGGAAAAGAAUAUAACAAAAUAAAUGUUUUAAAGAACUGGGUCUGCCUUAAGAAGAAUUUGCCAGUCAUGUCAGUUCUCCCUCACCAUCAUGCCAAAGAGGCAGAUCGAACGUGGAGGUUUUUGCUCUUUCUCAGGGCAGUGGCACAUAAUUUCAGGGGGUUAAACCAGAGAAGUGAGGCCAAGAGAGGCAGUGUAUCCAUAUCAAAUUUUGUAUAUGAAUUGUUAGUUGUCUGUGUUGUUCCAAUUUUUUUAUGUCUUAAUUGGUAUAGUUAACCAAUUUUAGCUACUUUUGUAACUUUUUCAUUUAUUUGUCCAAACCCAAUUUGUCCAAGGUUUGCUGGAUAACAGGAAGGCAAACCUGAUAUAGUUUUAGAAUUAAAAAGAGAAAAUAUUUAUUUUGCAAUGAAGAGAGCUAAAAUAUGAUUUGGAACAGAAACAAAAAUUGAAUUCAUUUUUUUGUUUUUCAUUUUAGCAAGCACUUCUUACAGAAUCUGUCACAGAUUAAAGUGCAAGACUAAAAUAGUUUAAAAAGAGUCACUCGCGUGAAAGGAGUGAUGUGCCUUGAAUAUUGCAAUACUUAUCCCUCAAAUGACUUUUGUACAAAAUGAAAUUAUUUUAAUUCUGUCUCAUUUAUAGGAUCACUUUUGUGUUUUUCUAUUGUAAUUAAUGUGAAAUUUCAUAUGACAUUCUUCGUAAUGUCAAUGUUUUACUCCCCUGGUUGAUUCCAGAAUUUUUGAUAAAAGUUGACAUAAGAGGGGAGAGCUGCAUUUUUGUGAGACUUUUAAGACUUUGCACUGUUACUCCAUAACAGUUACAUUAUCCAUAAUUCAUUGCAAGGCAUAAAAAGCUUUUGUUACGUAUGGUGCUUUUCACUGAUGAUAAAACAGCUGCUGACAGUGUUUGGAGAGAUGUAUAGAGGUGUUUUAUAAAGACACUUUAUCUUCAAUUUGUAUGGCAUUUCAGACACCUGAUUCACUAGAGAGUGCUACUGAUGUGUUCAGUGCAACCAUGUGGACUUUAACCAGAAUGUGCUGUACAGUGUUUCAGAAGCACUGAAUAAAUCAUUGGUUUUAUAUGCCAUAAUUUCUUUGGCACUGCUUUUUGAGCUUUCCAUGACAUGUCUACACAUAGCUUAGAUAUUUUGUCUGUUCAUGCACAAUAUUAACAUUAUGGAUGUCAUUCACAAGCCAUCUCAUAUCAUGAAUGUGUUUACUUUUAACACUGUUAUUGUCUGAAAACUGAAAAUAAAGAUUCAUUUUCUUCCUCUAA